AUGUCUUCUAAUGGACAUAUUGAUAACAAGGACACCAGUUGUGAAGCUUUUUGUGCAGUCAACUGUUAUAGAUGGAAUAUCCCUCAAGUGAUCAUAGAAAACUCCAAGACAGCCAAUUAUGCUGUUUUAAUUUUAAAUAGGCCUAUUUCACAAAAUUUGGAUUUUGUGACAAAAAUGUGGAAAAAUGCAAGUGUAACAAUAACGGUUGAUGGAGGUACAAAACAAUGGGAACAAUUCCUAAAAAAUCAAACGGAAGCAGUCAGAAAAACAUUUAUGAAGCCUGACCUUGUGACUGGAGACUUUGACUCCAUUGGCGACGAAGUGCUGGCGCUUUACACAAAGAAAGGUUGUAAGAUGAUCGUGACUCCUGAUCAAAAUCACACAGACUUUACAAAAGCAUUAAUGGAAUUAAAUAUUCAUUGUAAUGGAAAUGGAAUCCAGAUUGAUCAUGUUAUUGCAUUUGCUCAAGGUUCAGGCCGGUUAGAUCAAACUAUAGGAAACAUUCAAAGUUUGUUCUUGGCUAGAGACAAAUUAUUAUUGGACCCACAUACUAAGGUGUUCAUACUGUCAGACGAUUCUUUGUCCUGGCUGCUUAAUCCUGGAGAGCACACCAUCAUUGUUCCUAAAAGCACACUGAAAUAUAAAAGGGCCUGGUGCUCUUUAAUACCGAUUGGAGAACCUUGCAAGUAUGUUACUUCUACGGGGCUGAAAUGGAAUUUAGACAAUCAACCGUUACAAUUUGGUCAGCUGGUGAGCACUUCUAAUGCAUUUAGUGGGUCAGAAACAGUGACGAUACACUGCAGCCACACCCUCUUGUGGUCUAUGAAAAUACCCGGUAUCACAAAGUUGUAA